AUGUUCUCCGGACCGCAGAAGCAGGUCCUGCGAACUGGCGAUCGCGUACGUGCGAACUUCCAGAACCGCUAUGGCUCGAAGAGCUCAGCUACCGACGUGGGCACGCUGCUCCAGUUUACUACAUCGGAGGUGGAGAUCCACUUUGAUGACGGUGCGGUGCAGUGCGUCUCCAAGACCUGGAUCGCCGAGCGCUUGUCCGCAUGGGAUCUGGACCUUGCGCCAGGCGAUAUCGUGUAUGCCCACUAUGCUUCUGGUAAGGGGCGCACCGUCAAUACCGAUCUUGGCAUAGUGGUGGCUGUCCUCGAUGGUGGCCGCGUUCGGAUCAGGUUUCAGGACCAAAUCAUGCAGACCAUCCCCAUGGGAUGGGUCGAGCAGGUGAUGCGAUUGGAGCCAGGAGAUCGCGUGAAUGCGUACUUCAAAGUCAACGAUGGGAGGGGCGCGAAAAGCGUCAAAACCGACAUGGGCUCGGUCCUAGCCGUCUCAAAGGAGGACGUGUACAUAGUCUUUGACGACAACGUGGAGCAAAACGUGCCCAAAACUUGGGUGUGCCACCGGGCCAGGCCCUGGAACCUGCAGGUAGAAGUCGGAAGCGUCGCAGACGUUCACUUCGAGGUGGGCGAAGACGGACGAAGAAGUACCAGCACCGAUAUUGGAAUCGUGCUGUCGGACCCCAUCGAUGGCCGUGUGCAGGUGCAGUUCCAGGACACAAUCCAGCAGACGGUCCCUUUGGGAUGGAUCGUGCGUCUCCGCGAGUGGGCCGUGGGCGAUCGGGUCCAGGCUCACUUUAAGACGGGCGGCGGUGAGAAGAGCACAGAUACUGACGUUGCCACUGUCAUGAGCUCUUCUUUGCUGGAGGUGGAUUUGUACUUUGAUGAUGGAAUCCAGCAGAAUGUUUCCAAGGCAUGGGUAACCGAACGGGUGCGCGACUGGCAUGCCGAGGUGUCGGAGCUCUCAUCCGGGGACGUGGUGAUCGCACAUUUCAAGCGCCCGGGUAACCAUUGCCGAAGCGUGCAAACUGACCGUGGCAUCGUGCUGACGAUUCUGCAACGGGGCGAGGUGUCCGUGAUGUUUCAGGACGACAUCACUCAGGUCAUCCCCAAAGGAUGGAUCCAGGCCGUGGCAACACGCUGGUCUGGUCAGAGAGACGAGUUUGCCAGAGACAAGGCAGAGAUCGUUUCUUUUGAAUCAUCCAAGCAGCGCUCGCAACGCAUCGCUCCAGCGAACAGCACGGAGUGCGUCAUCUGCAUGGACGCCAAGCCCAAUGGAGUCAUCGUGCACGGGGACACGUGUCAUCAGAGCACCUGCUACACCUGUGCAAAACGCUUGCAACGGGCUGGUGACUCUUGCCCAAUCUGCAGGGAAGUCAUCGACCAAGUGUGCAAGCUCCAUGGGGACGUGUUCAGCUCGCCUGCUGCAUUGAUCAGGAGGCUCUCGGCCGCGUCCAUUCAUGCUGGCCUGGACAAGGAGUACAACAGGUUCUGCCGCGUGACAAUGAAGGGCCCGGAGGAUUACCGCACCAUCAGGCUGGAGCCAAGUGCGGUCCGCUGCCGGCCGGCGGAGGCCUGGCAUGCAGGACGCUGGAAGCCACCGCUAGGUUCCACGUGGAGCUUCUCCUUCGCGCUGGCUGUGGAGAAGUCCGUGAAUUGCUACGUCAAUGUUGGCCUUGUGGAGUGGAAGGCAGCUCGCAAGGAAGCAGAUGAAGACAACCAGCAGGACCCCGUUGCUGAUGCGGCCUCCACACAAAGCUUAGCGGACAUCUUGAAGGUGAAGUCUGAUGCCGAGGACGAAGUGCCUGGCGGCUGGCUACCUGAGCAGCACGUCGACGAGAACCCGAGGCAGAUGAUGCUGGGAUGUAGGAAAGGCGUGCAGUGGUUUGGCAAUGCUGCCAAGUAUCCACUGUUUCAGGACAACAUCAUGGCAGGGUCGUUGCUCCGUUUCCGAUGCGACUACCACCUAAACCGUCAAGGCGACAUCGCGCAGGUGAAGAUCUGGAUGCUGGCUUCACCGAUUCAUUUUGAAUAUGGGGGCGAACACACCGUCAAGGUGGGGUCCUCGGUGGAGCAGCCAGGAGAAGAAGAUUCGAACCGCUUGGGUGCCUGCAGUGACCCUGUAUACGAAGGAAGAUGUGGUCACCGUUGCAUGGCAAAGCCCAGACGUCAACUAGACCGCCCCUUGGCGAUGCUUCCCAACUGCUUGGAGAGCGACACGGAGGCAGAGAAGCACAGAAAAGGAAAAAGCGUGGAUGCAGGCAAUGCAGCCCGCCCGGGCCACCCGCUUCACGAGCCGUCCGGAGGUGCAGAGCUGUCUGAGGGCGUCCAUGCGCCAGAACUCCUCGACCUCCGAGCAAGCCUCAGACUGCAGCAUCUGCUCCUCGUGUUGGACGCCGUCCAUGGUACGCAGUCCCGCCAGCUGCUCUGGGUCCAUACAUCUUUUUCCACGAGUGAAGUGGUGAAAGAGCAGAAGAAGCGCAAAGGUCGAACCCACAAGACUUUGAUGCAGAUCUUCACUGCUGAUGACAAGGGAGCAGCGUCGCUGGACUCAGCUGAUUUGCUGAAUUCGAUCAGGGUGGAUAUGCAUACCAACUACGAUGCAGGCACAGAUAUUGAGAAUCUUAGCCAGAAGCCGCCAAAGAUGGCUUCGCUCAUGGCAAACAAGGAUCAUCCACAACGCGAGCUGCUUUUCAAGGCGAUUCACCCUGCGAGUUCUUUGGAGGCAUGGAUGGAAAAAGGCUUACGUCAUGUCGAAGACGAUGAAGACGAGUGGCUGGAGGGAUUCGCAGUCUUGCCAACUGCAUACAAGGGCUGCAAUAAGGAGAGCCUGCUUGUCUAUGCACCUGGGCCGCAGACGCAGGUCUACCCGGUUCCUUUGCAGCUUGCUGACAACGACGAAGGCAUCAAGACUGCCACGUGCAGAGCUUCGCAUGUGGAGUCCAUGUAA